AUGGACCUGAACGAACUGGUGCAGAUCUCCACGGCCGAGGCCCACCAGCGCGCCUUUCUCAAGGACCUGACAGACGCCUUUGCCAGGUUUUCCAAGCCCAUCAUCGCGGCUGUAGUCGGAUUUGCCGCUGACAACGAGAACCUCAAGUUGGGCGGUGGCUGCGAAAUUGCCUUGGCGUGCGACAUGAUCUACGCGGCCGAGGAUGCCUCGUUCGGACUUCCAGAGAUCAAGAUCGGAACUAUUCCAGGCGCCGGCGGCACCCAGCGGAUAGCCCGGGCUCUGGGCAAGCACAAGGCCAUGGAGUUUGUCCUCACCGGCGAACCAGCCAGCGGAUCCGAGUUUGAGCGCCUCGGCGUGAUCAAUAAGGUGUUCCCCCGCCAAGAAGUCGUGCCGGCGGCAAUGGGCCUCGCUGAGCGCAUCGCCGUUAUGUCGGGCCCCGUCGUCAAGACGGCGAAGCAGGCGGUUCUCACCGGUUAG